GUUUUUUUUUUUUAUAUAUAUAUAUUUAUACCUUACCUCCUUUUCUAUUCUACCUUUUUCUUUUUUUUGUAUUGAUGCCCACUUUCCAACAAUUACCUUUUUCUAUACCCUUUUCUGUCAAUAAACUUGCAUCCACUACUGGAAACAACAAAACACAACUGCGAUCUCCUUUGGAAGCAGCUGCACAAGGUGACCUGACACGACUACAACAACUUUGGGAUCAAGAUUUUGAUUUUGAUUUACAAAGUACUCCUGAUGGUUUACGACCUCUUCAUUAUGCUGCUUCAAGAGGUCACUUAUCAAUAGUAAAGUUUCUGAUUGAUUGUUGUCAUGUUACCGUCGAUAUUGUUGAUCAUGAAGGCGAGACAGCACUCCUCAAAGCUGCUUAUGCUGGUCAUUUUUCUGUGGUUGAAUAUCUGAUUAUACAUGCUGGUGCGAAUGUUUUACAUGAAGAUAAAGAUGGUUGGUCUGCUCUUCAUAAUGCUUGCUCUUAUGGUGAUUUGGAUAUGGUGAUCUUUUUGAUCGAUCAUUUUUUGAAUGUCAAUUUACAAAGUAAAAUGGAUCACACUCCUCUUACCUCCAAAGGUCACCUGCGUAUUGUACAGCACCUGGUAUAUAAAGCGAAUGCUGAUCUUUUUAUCAAAAAUAAGUUUGGAGAGACUGCCUACGAUGCAGCUGCUGUGGCUGGUGAAGUUUAUAUCUGUGAACAAUUGGAAAAGGCUGAAAGAGAAAGGAUACAAGAUGGCUAUGACUUAUUAAGACAACAUUAUACAAUUCCCGUCAUUCUCUAUGAAAAUCAACAAUCUGUAAUCUCACUUAUGACAAAUAGUUAUAUACCUUCAACUUGGGAAAAACAUCAACGAAUUCCAUGGAUGUUAGCUUCUUCGUCUUCUUUUUUAGGGGAUGAUGAUAAUAAUAACCAAUAUAUGACCAAGAACCAAGUCCGUCUUCCACCUUUGACAGAUCAGCAAGUAUGGAUGUGGUUGACAGAUUGGAAAAUAGAUUAUACGCACCCAAAUGUAGAUAUGGAUGGAUGGCAAUAUGCAACUCAUCUUGAUACCCCUGAUGAAAAUUGGAGCAACAAAUUACCAAAAUCAUCUACCAGACGUAUCUCCUAUGUUCGAAGACGACGAUGGGUACGUAUCAUGACUCGACAAAGAUCCUCCGACAUCCAUGAUAACAACAUCAAUGAUAGUGAUAUUGAAACGAACCACCAUCCAACAACAACAACAAUCAUCGAUUUGGAUGCAACAGAUGAUAAUAGCAAUGCACAAGAAUAGGACAUUGGACCAAUGGACUAAUUACCAACAUUGUCAAGAAGAAGCUAGUCGGCCUAAAAGUAGUACGUUUAUUACCAAAACCAAUGCGACGUUUGUAGCAGGAGAAACAAUCAUGGAUGAAGAACAACAAGAAACAACUAUAGUUACUAGAAAUGAAUCAACACGUCAAGGUACUGCCCGGGUAUGGGAAAAAAAUGAAUAUGCUUUGGAUUGUAGGUGUUGUGGGAGAUGGUUCAAUUUUGUCCAUCGAAGACAUCAUUGUAGACAAUGUGGAUUGGUAGUCUGUAGUAGAUGUUCGACAAAGCGCGUUAAACUAUCUUUUUCAGGUAUUAUACAUGAUCCUCAAUUGAGUGUGGAUGAAAUGUACAAGACAUCCUUACAACCACAAAGAAUU